AUUAAAUUAAUAAAAUUUGCUUGAUCGUUUGAUGAAAGAAGAAAAAAUCUCAUCAUUAUCGGAUUGAAUUUUUGGCCAUGAAAUUUGAAGAAUGAGUUGUAUGUGUACAAUGUGUAAUCAGAUAGGAGGAGGAUUUGAUUUUUGUUUGUUGUUUUGUUUCUGAUAGAAAUCAAUAUUAAAACUGAUCAAUUGACAUUCGAUUAUUAAUCUGAAAAUAGAAUAGAAUGGAUGUAUAUAUGAAUGGGUGAUGGUUAGUUUAGUUGUCAAUUUCUUGCCUAUUUGAUUAAUGAUAAAUAUGCAAUGGGAUACCAGUAACGAUAAAGUUCGAGUGCAGAUUUGAAAGUGAUUCAUAUUUUUUUCCCAUUAUAAAAUUGGAUUAUAUUCACAUCAUCACCAUUCAUUGUGUUUAAUUCUUUUUCCUUCAUUUGAUCGGUUUGGCCAGAAUUGAUAAUCACAAUGACUUGUUGUUUUGUUUUGUCGUCGUUGUCUUAAGAACUUUAAAAUGUCAACAUUAUUAUUAUUAUCAUCUUUGUUUACGUUACUCAUAUUCAAUCAUCCAAUCGAUUGUGAUGAUUCCAGCAUUGAAAUUCGAAAUCAUAUUGUUGAAUUGCGAAAAGAAUUGUUCAAAAAUCGUGGCUAUGAUAUCAUGACAAGACCAGUGAAAAAUUAUACCCAUCCGGUGAAUGUAUCCAUUUAUCUGGACAUAAAUUAUAUAAAAAAUCUCGACAUUCAAACAAAUAUGCUUGAAACGGAAGGAUGGCUUCGGUUGUCAUGGGUGGAUGAAAAUCUUAAAUGGAAACGAAGUGAAUAUGGCGGGAUAGAAGAUAUCCGUGUUCAUGUGGAUGAAGUUUUCCGUCCGGAUAUUACGAUUAUCAAUUCGGCAGAUAGUGAAAAUAUUAUUCGGUCAACGACACAUUCUGAUUUGAUUCUCUGGUUUUCUGGCGAUAUAUUCUGGAUGCCAGCAUUAUCGAUGAAAACGAUAUGUGAAAUUGAUCUAACUGAAUGGCCAUUUGAUGAACAAACAUGUUUGUUUCGUUUUGCUUCAUGGACCUAUGAUGGUGAUGCAUUAAAUUUGGUUAAUGUUUCCGACAAAAUUGAUUUGACCAGUUUUUCAGAAAAUUCUGAAUGGGAUAUAACCGAUUCAUCAUGUGAAUAUAUGGUGCAUGAUACUAAUGAAGGUGGACAAUUUUUUCCCGAAGUAGUUUUUUCAUUGAACAUCCGUCGUAAAACAUCAAUUUAUCGUUACGUUGUAUAUUAUCCGGUGAUCAGUGUAUUAUUUUUAAACCUGAUGGCAUUAUUCUUAGAUGUACGUAAUACGUUACGUUUUCAUCUAAGCACAUUAUCUUUUGUCACAUUAUUAUUGGUGGCAUUGUUUUUGGGUAAUAAACUUGGAUUUGGUUCAUUGGGUAUACCUAAAGUCAUCAAAUACAUUGGUCAGAUGAUUAUGAUGACAGCAUUCACAUUACUUUGGUUUGCAUUCUCAGUGAAUUUUAUACGAUCAACAUUUGAAAUACCAUCGAUAAUAAUGCGUACAAUUGAACCAUUACAACACUAUCUUGUCAGCAAAGAUAUUGAAUCUGUACAAUUGACCAAUAAUGAUUUGGAAAAUCAGAAUUCCGGUGGCGGUCAGCAUAAUCAAACAUUGGCUAAACAUAAAUCAAACAUAUCACAAUCGAAUCUAAUCAUCGUACAAAUUGUGGAUAAAAUUCUUUUUGUUCUCUUUUUCAUUCUAAUCAUCAUUUUACACAAUUGAACCAUCCAUUCUUUCGAUUGGCUAUUGAUGUUUAUUUUCUACUCAUACUCAAGCUUAUGAAAUGAUUGAAUUGAAUCAAAAUUGAAUAAAGUUACAAAUAAAACAUGA